ACUAUCUUAUAUUCGCAAAAACACAUUCUUAAACGUGAUUGAUUCAUACCCAAUCUGAAAACCCUAAUAACAACCUUCACUUCACUCGAUCAAUCAUGGUGAGAAAGAGAAAACUCGUUAAAGCUUCUCAACAAGAAGAACCACCGCUCAAACAGCAUCAACCGGAGCCUAAACCGGAACCGGUACCCGAACCCGAACCUGAACCAUACAUCCCGGGCGAAGAAUACGAAGAGGUUGAAGAAGAAGUUGAAUACGAAGAAGUUGAAGAGGAAGUAGAGGAGGAGGAAGAGGAGGAAGAAGAGGAAGAAGAAGAGGAACAACAAAUUCAAGUAGAAGAAGACGAUGAACCGAUCCAGAAGCUUCUAGAACCUUUCUCAAAAGAACAGAUCUCGAGUCUUCUUUGCGAAGCGGCUUCGAAGCAUCGUGACGUUGCGGAUCGGAUUCGGAAGAUUGCUGAUGGUGAUGCUUCUCAUCGGAAAAUAUUUGUUCAUGGUUUGGGAUGGGAUACUACUUCAGCAACGCUGAUUAAUGCCUUUUCGCAGUACGGUGAAAUUGAGGAUUGUAAAGCUGUUACGGAUAAGGUUUCAGGGAAAUCUAAGGGUUAUGGAUUUAUUUUGUUCAAGAGAAGGAGUGGAGCGAGGAAUGCGUUGAAGGAGCCGCAGAAGAAGAUUGGGAAUAGGAUGACUGCGUGUCAGCUGGCGUCUAUUGGACCGGUGCAGCAAACUCCGGUGGUGGCGGCGGCGCCAGCGCCGUUGGUGGUGGCGGGUUCGGAGUAUACGCAGAGGAAGAUUUAUAUAAGUAAUGUUGGACCUGAAUUGGAUGCACAGAAGCUGUUUGGUUUUUUUUCGAGAUUUGGAGAGAUUGAGGAAGGACCGUUAGGGCUUGAUAAGGUGACGGGGAAGCCGAAAGGGUUUUGUUUGUUUGUGUAUAAGAGUGCUGAGAGUGCAAGGAGGGCGUUGGAGGAGCCGCAUAAGGAGUUUGAGGGGCAUAUUUUGCAUUGUCAGAAGGCGAUUGAUGGUCCUAAGCCGACAAAGAUACAACAUCAGCCACAGCAGCAACAGCAACAUGUGAAUUCGGUGAAUCAUUUGAACCAAUUGAAUCCAUUGAGUCAGAGGACGCAGUUUCAGAGACAUGAUAAUGUUGGAUUUAUGGGUGGAAGUAGUGUUGCAGUUAGCCAACCAGGGCACUUAAUGGCACCAGCAGGACCAGUAACCGGGUACAAUCAGGCGGCUGCUAGUGCUUCUGCUGCACAGGGGCUGAACCCUGCACUGACUCCUGCGCUUGGACAGGCGUUGACGGCGUUGCUUGCUUCUCAGGGUGCUACUUUGGGGCUGGGUAAUUUACUGGGGAGUCUUGGAGUGAGUAGUGCGGUUAAUCCCGGUGUUCCUGCUGCUGGUCAUGGAGUUCAGAGUGGAUACAGUGCUCAGCCUACCAUAAGUCCAACAGUGAUGGGAGCAUAUGGGAAUACUGUACCACAGGCUGGAUUGCAGGGGCUAUAUCCAAAUCAGCAGCUUGGACAGGGUGGUUCUGGAAGAGGGCAAUAUGGUGGAGCCGCACCUUAUCACUAGGUUUGACAGCCGUGCUAAUAUAAACAUGCACCAAUAAUAAAAUCAAUAAAAAUUAAAAUAAAAAAAGGGUCUUGUUAACGAGUGCCCCCGGGGCACUUUUUAAGCAUGCUAGAUUAAGCAAUUAUUCUUUAAAAAUGUCAAAGUUUUCAAUUUACAAAGCACUGAUUACACAAACUUUCAUAAAAAGUUACUAUUUAAGGUCCUUAACCAAUGCCCCGGGGGCACUAGUUAACCUACUUGUGAUUUAAGUUUGAUUUUGACCUACUUGUGAAAUUUCCACAUUUCUUUUUUUAUAUGGUAGAGUUCCUCAACUAGGUAUGUUAUGCAGAUUUUAUUUGGACUUGAUUGCACCUUUGGUCUCUUGGGUAGCUAAUUUUCUAUAUUUGAAUUUAAACCCUUGUAUUAUUUUUUUAAAUGCUACUGAACUGUUUUUCUCUAUCUUGUUACCUAAAAGUUGGCUAUCAAAUUUCAAUUAAAAAAAAAUGUUCACAAAUUGAAUAAAUCCUUUAACUUGUUUUCAAUAUCCACCAAUCAAUAUAGUAGUAUCAAAUUUCUCCUAAAGAACCCCAAAAUUGCUUACUUUUUUGAUACUUUUUUUUACCUAAUUUUCUCAUGGCCAGACUUUUAAAAAUAUUUCACAUUCCAAGUUCAUCAUAAACUACCAAAUCCAAAUAUUUGGAUUGAAAAUUAGAAUUGAAUGGUUUUAGCUAGAAGAUAGUUGGUGGCAAGACUGACUUGCUUAAUUUUAGAAACAGGGCUUGAUUGCUCUAAAAACUUGAGGGAUUGAAAUCACCUACUGAUCAAAUAGAGAGCAAAAGUGCAAAGUCUUUUUUUCCUUACACACUGAUAUUAAAAGAAAACUCUCUUUUCUUGAGGCUCUAUUUCCUCUGUAAGAAUGAUGUUGUAAUUCCCUUUGAUCAUAGUUUUGCUUAUUUGGAAAUGACUUUUGAGGUCAGUCAAAGUUGGGAAAACUUUUCUUGGCUAAUAAAGGGAUUUUUUUUCCAUGGGGUACAGCCAUAUUUGUAUGUUGUGCAUUCUCUAUUGUUGAUUAAGCUGCACAUUUUGUCUGUGUUCCUCUGAUAUUUCUUUUUUCAAAGGUCCAAUUAGUCACCUGCGUUGAAUAAUAUAUUUUAAAUGGAUUUGUAAGGGUUUUGAUUGUUACUUUCAUUUUGGUCAUUUACAUUACAUGCAUAUUUAUUGCUGAAGCAGUUCCAAAGCAGUUUGGUUCAAAAUGUUUCUGAAUUCAACAAGGUUUUCACCCUUUUGGAUAAUUUGGUUUCUUUCCAAAUUUCCUCACUAUUGUAUGUUUAUUUUAUUACAAGAAAUCAGCUCUGUGUGAUAAUAACAAUGGACUUUUAGUAGCUGGUUAUCUUCAAAUAAACAUGUGGCUUUUGCAGACUGGAAGGUAAGUAAGUUGCAGUAUUUCUUCUCUUUAUUUGUUGUCUUAGUUGAAAAGCAUGCUGGCAUACUUAGUGGUUGUCUUUUUACUGAAGAAUUUUUUUUGCCAGAUUCUUCGUUUGGUUGUUGAUUUAAGCAACCGAUGUGUGCGUAGAAAUCAAAAUUCCAAAGCUCCCUCGGGAAUGAUAGUUUAUGCUCUUGUAUUGCUACUUAUGUUGCCUGUGACAAUUCUCAUUUUUCUCUAUUUAGAAAUUUAAGUUCAAAUGCAGCAAGGGGGGAUUGACAGGUUGAGGUAACAUCUUUGUUUGAGCUGAGGAUUAUUGAGUGCCUUUUAGUUGAUCCUUGGCUCAUUUUUAUUUUUUGAUUUCAUCGGUUAAUACGGCAUGGUUGUAAACAAAUACUUGCAGUACCACAUUAUUUUAAAUAUUUUCAUGUGGUGCUCCGUCUCUUAUGGUACUCAAUCCCCUUUACACGGUCAUGUUGUCUUUUCAUCGAGUUGUCCUUUUGUACGUUAUAUUUAGAAGUUGGUAGGUUAGAAUAGAAUUUUAGAAGGGAUUGUAGUCAGCAGCCGAGCGCUGUCACAUACUGUUCUACUUGUGAGUUCUCUUCUCAGGGCUGAUGUUAUAUAAACAUAAGUAGAUUUUUUCAGAAAAUAUUAUUCACUUUGAUGAAAAUACUAAAAGUGUUCUUUCAAUAAAAUAUUUCAAUUUUCUGUAA